AUGCUCGAGACCAAGGGAUCCAUCGAGUACACCGACACGGAGGCGUCGCACUAUGACCGCGCCCGCGUCGCUGCAGUAUGGCGCAAGAUGGACUGGGUCGUGCUUCCCGUGGUCACGAUGAUCUACUUCCUGUCUUCCCUGGAUCGUUCGAACAUUGGGAACGCCCGCAUCGCUGGUCUCCAAAAGGAGCUGCACAUGUCUGACUACCAGUACACUGUAGCUCUGACGGCCACCCUUGUAACGUACACGCUGAUCGACAUUCCGUCGAACCUCGUGUUGAAGGCCGUAGGACCGCGCCUGAUGGUUCCGACAAUGGUCAUCCUCUGGGGCCUUACCUGUACCCUGCAAGGUGUCGUCCACAACUAUGCUGGGCUCGUUGUGGCCAGGCUCUUCCUGGGUCUCUUCGAAGGUGGUUUGCUGCCCGCUAUUUCCCUUUACCUGUCUUCAUUCUACCCCAGGAGACAGCUCCAACUCCGCAUUGCGAUCAUGUUCUCAGCCACGUCGAUCGCCUCGGCGUUCUCAGGUCUUCUGGCAGCGGCCAUCCUGAAGAUGAAUGGCGUAGGCAGCCGCCCCGGCUGGGCAUGGCUCUUCAUUCUUGAGGGGCUGUUCACCAUUCUCUUCGGCCUGUCGGCGUACUUCCUACUCCCCAACACCCCGACCUCCUCGCCGCGCUUCACGGCUGAGGAGAAGCAAAUCAUACUGCAGACGCUCCGCGAAGACGGCAUCAUUAGCGGAGACGAGAAGGACGAGACAUACACGAAGACGGAGUUCCUCCGCACGUUCUUCCAGCCUCACGUCCUCUUGAUCAUGCUCGCGGGCUUCAUGAAUGGUUCGACGCUUUCGGGCCUCGCAUACUUCCUGCCGAGCAUCGUAGCAAGCCUGGGAUACGCAGGGACGCACGCGCAGCUCAUGAGCGUGCCGCCCUUCGCCGUGAGCGCAGUCCUGUCCGUCGCCACCGCAUUCUUCUCCGACCGCUAUGGCCGGCGCGGUCUAACGAUCAUCUUCUUCGCAACAAUCGCCCUCGCCGGCUUCUCCGUCUUCUACGCGUCGUUCGUAAACCAUGUGCGAUACGGCUCGCUCUUCCUUCUCGUCCCGGGCACGUACUGCAUCGGGCCUCCGCUCGGGACGUGGAUGGCGAACAACAGUGCGCCGCUCAUCCGGCGCGCGACCGCGCUCGCGCUGCUGCCGGUGAUGACGAACAUGGGCUCGAUCCUCUCGACGUGGCUGCUGGGCUCGAUCUCGCCCGCGCCGCGCUACACGUCCGCGACGAUCACGCUGCUCGUGUUCCAGAUCGGGAUCAUGGGCUGCGCGGCGCUGAAUGUCGCGUGGCUGUCGAGGGAGAACGCGCGCAAGGCGCGCGAGCGUCUCGCGGCUGGGGACGGGAAGCAUGAGAUCGUUGGGGCGGGGAAUGAUAGUAUCUGGUUCGAGUACGUAUUGUAG